CACAAAAAUGCUGUUUGGCUAGAAAGGGAGAGACUUGACGACGGGAAGAGCGCAAGAUGUGUGCCGCCUUAGCAAAGCCUAUUCUUUAUAGUUAUUUCCGAAGUUCCUGCUCCUGGAGAGUGCGAAUUGCGCUGGCUUUGAAGGGAAUUGCCUAUGAUCAAGCACCAGUGAAUCUUGUGAAGGAUGGAGGGCAGCAGCUGUCAUCUGAAUACAGGUCUGUCAACCCAAUGCAACAAGUCCCAGCACUCAAAAUCGAUGGUGUCACCCUCUCUCAGUCACUGGCCAUAAUAGAGUAUCUGGAAGAGACACGGCCAGACCCUAGGAUCCUGCCUCAGGAUCCUAAGAAGAGAGUCCAAGUCCGGAUGAUCUCUGAUCUCAUAGCUUCUGGAAUUCAACCAUUACAGAACCUGACCGUCCUGCAGCAACUGGGGGAGAAGAAGCUGGAAUGGGCCCAGCGCUGUAUCUCUCAUGGCUUUAAAGCUUUGGAGCAGAUCCUGCAGGAAACAGCUGGGCACUACUGUGUUGGGGAUGAGGUGUCCAUGGCUGACCUAUGCUUGGUCCCUCAGGUGUACAAUGCAGAGAGAUAUAAAGUGGAUCUUGCUCCAUACCCCACAAUAAGAAGGAUCAACAAAGCUCUUUUGGAGUUAGAGGAAUUCAAAACAAGCCAUCCAUCCCGGCAGCCAGAUACUCCACCAGAACUAAAAGCCUAAAAUAUUUUUUGUUUUAUUUUAUAAUGCCAGGGCUGCUGGCCUCCAUUCCUUUGCUGCUCCCUUCUACAUGGAAGUUAGCAAAGACCAAAGCUCUGAUGCUUUUCUGCCAGCUUUUGGAAAGUCAAAGGGGAAGAGGCCAUACUGUACUAGCAUGGUGUGCAAGUAUGC